AUGUCCGAUAUUGGGGAUGAGAUGGACGUUGAUGUCCCCGUUGUCAGCAAAGAUGUGAUAUUUUCCUCUGAAGCCAAGCAAGGCAAGCGAAGUGCUGCCAAUCUGCCAGUUGAGGCUGAGGAUAGUCUCCCUUGGGUUGAAAAGUACCGCCCAAACACCCUCGAAGACGUCUCGGGCCAUCAAGAUAUCCUCGCUACUAUCAACAAAUUCAUCGAUCAGAAUCGUCUCCCCCAUCUACUCCUCUACGGUCCGCCAGGCACUGGAAAGACGUCGACAAUUCUGGCCCUUGCUCGUCGUAUCUACGGAGCUGCGAAUAUGCGCCAAAUGGUGCUCGAACUCAAUGCCUCAGAUGACCGUGGCAUCGAUGUAGUGCGAGAGCAGAUCAAGACAUUUGCCAGUACCAAACAGAUCUUCUCCAUGGGUGGCACAUCUGCCCGCUCAGGCAACUCGAUGGCUGGAUUUAAGCUCAUUGUUCUGGAUGAGGCUGAUGCUAUGACGAGCACAGCCCAAAUGGCUCUACGACGAAUAAUGGAGAAGUACACCACCAACACACGGUUCUGUAUCAUUGCAAACUAUUCCCACAAGCUUAGCCCAGCGCUGCUGAGUCGAUGUACACGGUUUCGCUUCAGUCCGCUAAAGGAGGGCGACAUUAGGGUGCUAGUUGAUAAGGUGGUGGAGGAGGAGCAUGUUAGGAUUGGCGGAGAGGCAGUUGAUGCGCUGGUGAAGCUGAGCAAGGGUGAUAUGCGAAGAGCACUGAACGUUCUACAGGCCUGUCACGCAUCAAGUACACCAUUGCGAGCGAAGGAUGCACCCAAAGUACCUGACAGCGAAAUUGAACGCGAAAAUAUCACAACGGAGACUAUUUAUAACUGCAUUGCGGCACCCCCACCCGAUGCCAUCAAAGAGAUUGUGUCGACGCUGCUUAAGACAUCGGAUGUCACAAGUUGUCUAAACACUAUCAGCGCUCUCAAGGUGUCGCGAGGUCUUGCGCUGGCUGAUAUUAUCACAGCGCUCUCCGAGGAGUUGGUGAAGCUAGAGGUUGGUCCUGAGGUGAUGAUCACCUGGCUGGAUGGUCUCGCCAACAUCGAGCAUAGAGUCGCCGGUGGAGGCAGUGAGUUGAUCCAGACUGGAGCAGUCGUUGGAGUUGUCCGAAACGGAGUUGAGUUGAUGAGCAGAUAG